GUUCAGUAACUGAUGGGGAGCAGGAUGUUUGUACUUGAAUGUGUGUCUGGGUGGUAAAUGUUUCCAUUCUGAUGGAAGGGCUGGAGAACAUCCUUGUUAACACAACUAUAGUGAUCUUGUCGUUUAUUUCAGAGGAUUAAUCCCUUUCACCUCAUCUUUGUCAUAGCCCUCGUUUUCACACAGCUUCUGUUUCUCUUCUCUGUUGUGUUUGUGCAACCAUGAGUCCCUGUCAUAACCUUGCUGUAAAUGUUUCUUGCUGAGGUCUUCUGUUGUCUAUGUGUUGCAGGUUUAAAAGGAAUUUAAAGGCUUUCUACUUUGUACAUCCAACAUUUCGCUCUAAGGUCUCAACGUGGUUCUUCACCACCUUCAGUGUGUCUGGGAUGAAGGACAAAGUCCGCUACCUGGACAACCUGCACCAGCUCUUCACCUGCAUCAAACCUGAACAGAUUGACAUCCCGCCAUUUGUCCUGGAGUAUGACGCACGGGUGAAUGGACCCUACUAUCCUGCUCAGUCCUCCGGUCUGUGACAGACAACCAAUCAUACCUCUCUGCUGGGGUAACAAGGUAAAGGCAGCAUGUCAAAUGGAAGCAAUUUAUGGACAUCAUGUUGCCCAUGUGGUCUGACCUCCUAACCUCCUCUUUGAGACUCUGAAGCAUAGUGGGGGAAACUCUCCUUGUGUUCUGUCCCUGCCAAAAAGGACAAAAUUAACAGUCAAAGCCCACAUUCAGCAGCAUGUGGCCUGUUGAGUGUUCAUUCUCACUCACCCACAGACUAUUUGUGGAUCUGGUAUGGUUUUUUGGAUUAUGCCUUACACCAGGAGUUCUUCUUCAGCAGUUUCCUCAAACAUCCCUAAAUAUGAAGUUAUCAUGUCAAGCCUGACAGUUGCUCAAAGCUUUUUCCAUUGUGCGGUCAUACGAGACAUCCUCAUCCAUGUCUCAGAAUACUGUCAGACUUUUCAAAUGCUGGACCUUGGAAGAUGAUGUCUGUCUGGAUUUCCAUGCUAUUUAAUUCUGUACUGUGCCACUCUGGACUGCAAAAACUCUGGAUGAGGUAAAGACUAAUUCUGCGUCAAAUUCAGUCUGAAGUUGGAAUUUCCCACCUGGUACAACGCCGUAAUAACAACCACUGAGGUCUCCUGCAGCCCCGUUCAGAAAACCCCAGGCAGUGGAUAAAAAUUCACGCCUGGGAGAUUUUCUUUGAUAGACAAAAAUACUGCUCCUUGUGUAACAGGUUAUGUCAUUCUGUUUGCUAGCUAGGUAAUAUGGAGCAUCAACUUCAGCAUAAAGACUGGAAGCAAGGGGAAAUGGUUAACUCUUAUGUACAAAUUACACAUACAAGAUACAGUGUGUUAGUUUGUGAGCUGUAGAAGUGCUGGUGGGCAGAUUUUCUUACCUUUGAGCAGGGCCAGGCUAGCUGUAGCUUCAUAUUUAAGGGACAGAUAUAAGUGCAUCAUCACACUUCUCAUUUAAUGCUUUACAGGACAGCAUUUCUUUAAAAGUUGCUGUAUGUAAGUUUUUUCAAUUGCUACAUAGCUGUUGUUAGCAUUAACAGCAGUUAGCAGUUUAGAAGAAAUGUUGUGAAUUCAGGAUCAAAGUUAAUUCCUUUUUUGCCAAGACUUGUCUCCCACAGUGGAAAGCAGCAGCAAUAUUAACACUUAUUUUGCCUCUAAUUCUGUCACUUCUUUUCUUUUACUUAAGUUAGCAUGCUAAUCAACUAACCCCCAGCCCAUCCCAUCUCAUAAUACCACUUCGCAAAAAUGCAGGGCAGUAGCAUUAGUCUAAAAUGAGAGGAUAAAGAAGUAGUGCUGACCAGAGAGCAUAUUCUAACCUCUUGUCUUGUAAACAAAAUGAUGGCUCAAGGACUUAGCAAGCGACCAAUGUAGCAAUAGCAGAAACUUACAUAUAGCACCUUUAAAUCCAACACAAAGUGGUUGGUUGAAUUUAAGGUGAAAAUGUAACUUAAGGAGUAAUGAAAUACUGCUGAUAUCUGCAUCACAAAAACCUUGCUGAUUGCCUUCUGGGGUCCAAACUCUUUGUUUUUUCUGUUGCAUUUUCUUAGCAUGAAAUUUGUAAUUUCCCACUUAAUGGUGUGUCUAGAAGAGUAGCAAGUUUCUGCAGUAGAGGCAGCUGCAAUUUCUGAACAGCAGAUGUAGGACUGCAUUUCUAGGACCUUAGUUUUUCAUUACACUGCUACCAUACAAAAUCUUUUCUACAUGUGUGUAGAACAACUCUAACCCUACCCCUACUGCUACCUAAUUAGCUAGGUGGUGCUAUCGCAAAAAGUCCUAGAAAUGCGAUCCUUGGACAGUGGGCCUGAAACUGCAGUCUCCUCUAGUGCAAGAAUAUAAUAACAGGGCAUAUAUAUGCUUUUUUCCUAAACUCACUGUACUUCUUAAAAGUUGUACUGAAAAAAUUAAUCAGCAAGUCAGUCAACAGAAAAUUAAUCGUCAACAAUUUUUACAAUUCAUCAAUCAUUUGAGUUAUUCAACAAAAACAUUCACUGGUUCCAGUUUCAAAUGUGAGAAUUUGCUGUUCUUUCUGUUUUACAUUGUUAUAAAUUUAACACUUUGGAGGUCACAUAAAAAUAAGCAAACCUAGGACCUCACCUUAGGCUCUGGAUAGGUUUCACUGUUUCUUGAAACUUUAUAGAUAAAACUGAAAUCACAAGACAGACAGUCAGACACAUCUCUUCUUCUAAAGUAGUGCCUGUCUAAAGAUACAGUAACUAGUCUUUCUCAAGGCAGCUUACCUGUCAAGCUGAGGAUCCUUGCUGUCUGCAGAAGCAUUAUACAGCUUUAUGCUGGCAGAUUUCAACCUGGAGGUCAGGAGAUGAUGGAUGGGAUCACAAACAAUAUUCUCCUCCUUUCAUUUCAUGUAUUUACUUCCAAAUUGUCUUACAAUUGUAAAUUUUAUCUUUGAAAUGCUGGCUGAGUUUUUGGCUGCUCUCCUUCCUCUGAUAGUCACUGUUUGGUUGAAUUGUUGAUGUUUCACAAGAAGGCAUCACUUUGUUUUAAAGGUACACAAGCCAACAAGGGUAAAGAAUUGCUGUUUUAUCUCACAUUCACAUGAUGAAGGAAAGUAUCAUUGGUAGAUUUUUCUUUUCUCUAUGCCAUUGCCAUUGGAGCUUCAAGUCUUUUGUGCCUGUUUGUCUGCUAAAGGAUAACUCCAGUAUUUUUAAAGUGGGCCAUGUUCCCAUGUUUUUGGGUGUAGGUGAUUGAGAGGGACAAAAAUCUUGCAUAAUGGUCACUUGUCCAUGUCAAAUAAUUGUCCACUGACAGGCUCAGACUGUUAUUAUAAGUGUCUGACAUUAACAUAGCACAAACAAAUUUACAGAUCAAGGCAGUGGUAUUCCAGCAGCAUGUUCUGCUCUGUAAAAUUACAGUUUUUGUCUGUGGAGUCUAGUGAUAUAUAGCGAUGUUUAUUAAACAAAAAGGAUGUUACUCUUUAAUAAAAUGGUCUGUCUCUGUAGGAAUCCUAUCCAUGAUAUUGUCAGACACUUAUAAUAACAAUCCAAGCCCAUCAGUGUUCAAAAAUACUCAAGUGAGGGUUCUGUUCCUCAGUCACUAAUUUCCUUGUUAUUUGCACAGUUAGCUCUACUUUACUUGGUGUUUUCACAAUCACAAGUAGUUUUAUUUAACUUGGACUACCAGACUGGUGGGUUUACUUUAUCAGGGCAAUUGCAAAUCAAAUGUACUGAACUUUCCAGCAGUCAUUAUGUAGCAAACCCCAUCUGUCUGGUACCCCAAGAGGUAACACUAUCACUAUAAAUGUAGAUUCUGUUUGACUAACGUCUGUCCCUCACUUCUGGACGUGAGGGAUUUCACCUGCACGUAGUUCUAUCUUCACCCCAGUCCUGUCUGCUGUGUUUCCACUCAUUGUCAAGAAAUCAGGAAUCUGUAUUUUUAAAUAACUCACUUCUGCUGGCAAGAAAACAAACUCCUCAUGCUAAAGCUCUUGUCCUUAAAUGUCCUCACUAACAGAUGAUAGGGAUAUAAAAAUCCUGACGCAGAAGCAUGUGACACUAUCAUACAGAGUUCGGCUGGAAACUUAAGGCUUCUUAAAUGGUAACUUACAUGUUAGAUUUUGUAGACUCAUCCAAUGGGAAGAUGUGAUGUGUCAGUUGCUUAAGGACAGUUCGAUGAAUGUUGUGCUCCAUUUUCAAUCAAUACACAGUUGAUCACCCUGAGAAGAAAAUGCGAACAGUUAAAAAAUGAGAAAAAUAACUUUAAUGAGCUUUUAAAAGCCUUUAAAUCUCAUUUUUCAAAUAAUAAUAAUAAUGAUAAUAACAAUAAUGAUAAUAAAUGAGGGAAAAACAUCUGAUGUGGUGAGAUGAUUCCAAGUAAAACCAUGCUGAAAACUAGUGAAUUUUCUUACACAUUGACAAAAUGCCCCUGAUGCUUCCACAAAAAUAAAGAUUUAAAGACUGAACAUGACAAUGUGUUGUUCAGAGUGUCAGAAAUUAUAACUAUGGAGAAUUUGAAUAAAUCUGGUGUCACUGUUUUCCCCUUCA